AUGCGUGAAUCAGCAAAGCCACCUGUACGGGGCAAAACCUCACCCUAUGGAUUUUUCGUGAAAAUGUGCUAUGAAGAGCAUAAAAAGAAGUACCCAAACGAGAAUGUUCAGACGAUGUCCGACGAUGAGAAGCGAAGGUUUUUUGAGCUGGCACAAAAAGAUGCGGAGCGUUACCAGGCAGAAGUGGCCGCAUAUGGCGGUGAGGACGCCAUGCGUAAACGAAAACGCGUCAAGAAAGAUCCGAAUGCGCCAAAACGAGCGCUGUCGGCAUUCUUUUUCUUCUCGCAUGACAAGCGACCGGAUGUGCAGCAGCAGCAUCCUGAAUGGAAAGUUGGUCAAGUUGCACAAGAGUUGGGACGAUUCUGGAAAGCACUGAGUGACGAGGAGCGUGCAAUUUAUGAGCGAAAAGCUAUGGAGGAUAAGGAACGAUACGCUGAGGAGAUGCGAAAUUAUAAGGGCUCGCCGAUGCAGUCAGUUCCGGCGAUGAAGAUCCCAGCGAUGAUGGGCAGUGUUGAGGGUGUGCCCAGCGGCGGGAUGAUGCAAAUGGUAGUGCAGCCACAGCAUGCCGGCCAGAUUAUCCAGGCACCGCCACAGGCGAAUGAGGAGAGGGAGGAGUGA